UGAUUUACUCAAAAGCUGUGCUGCUACUGCAGUGCCUACUGUGUGCCAAGGACGGUGCUAGCAGAGCAGAUGCAUCUGUUGUGCUUAUUUACCGGUCUUGCUGUCUGUCAGGGGACUGUGUCAGGUUUCCUUCUUCCCAGAGCUGUCCCCUCUGUUUGGUGUCAGCUUAUGGCUUGAGACUGAAAGGGUCCUUUCCCACCUCUCCAUCAGACAGGGGCUCUGAAGGCAGCUGAAAGCAGCAGAACACCCAGAACGACAGCCAAGGCAAUUGUUUGCAUAGAAGAACUCAGCCUCUCUGAUUGCCCUGCCAUAGCACCCUUUUGCUCUGGAUACUAUUUUGGAAGCUUUCCAGACACCUGACCUGGGUGUCACAGCUCAUCAUCUCUGUUCUCUGCAAUAACAGAAAGAAAGAGGACGGAUCCACAUUGCAGAAGGGAACUAUUAAAACUGGAGUGGAGGGAAGGAAACCUGCCAGACACGCACACCUCCUUCCUCUAGUCAGAGUGCCACAGGCAAGAAUUUUGCUUCCUGACAUCAACAACAGAAGCUCCGACAAGGUUGUCAGCCUGAAACCGUGUCCAACAGGUUGUCUGAAUUUGUACUGAAACCCUGACAUACAGAGAGGAGAAAAUGGCUGAAGGUGAAAUAACAACAUUCACAGCCUUGACAGAAAGGUUUGCUCUUCCAGUGGAGAAUUACAAGAAGCCCAAACUCCUGUAUUGCAGCAAUGGAGGCCACUUUCUGAGAAUCCUUCCAGAUGGAAAAGUGGAUGGUACCAUGGACCGGAAUGACAGCUACAUUCAGUUGCAGUUAACAGCCGAAGAUGUGGGUGUGGUAUAUAUAAAAGGCACUGAGACUGGGCAGUACUUGGCCAUGGAUGCCAAUGGACGUUUAUAUGGCUCGUUGCCAACAGAAGAGUGUUUAUUUGUGGAAACGCUGGAAGAAAACCAUUACAAUACAUAUACCUCAAAGAUGUAUGGUGAUAAGAAGUGGUAUGUUGGCUUGAAGAAGAAUGGGAAAGGCAAACUGGGGCCACGGACUCAUCGUGGCCAAAAGGCAAUACUUUUUCUUCCACUGCCAGUAUCAACUGAUUAGAAAGUUUCUCCAUGGAAUAAAACCUAUCCUUCAGACUCCAGCAGCUGGUAGCUUCCUCCUCCCUCUCUCUUUGGAUUCUCUCUCCCACUGGUGAAUGUGAAUAAAAACAUGAGGAAAAGUGUAAAAGGUGAAAAAUAGAAAGGUAUUUCAUAGGUUAUGCAUCUAAAAUAAUAUAAAACACUGGUAUUCUCUCACACAUGUCCUCUAAAUCUGUUUUCUUUUACUAUGUAUUUCUGCAUGGCAGGGGGCUGGACUGGAUGGCCCUUGUGGUAUCUUCUAGUACUAUGAUUCAAUAAAUCAAAUCAGUUAUAGGCAUUGAUAGGCACAUGUCUGUGUGUGCAGUUGGAACAGUCGUGCACAUAAUAAAGCUUCCUUUGUUUUGAAACACAUAUUUAGAUUGUUUGAUCAAACUUUCAAAACAACUUUUAAUCAUUUUUAUAUAUCACGUGGAUGCAUAAUCAACAGUAUUGAUGCUGUACUGUUGUUUAAAACAAAUUAACCCUGUGUUUAGGACCAAGAUAAAUUCAUCCUUUCUUAUUUAUGCAACCUUGCCUGAUUCUUGGCAAUAUCAGCAUAUGCAUUAUGUAUUUAUUUAUUAAGCAAAUCUAUAUAACUAUACUUUCUAAAAUGUUGAAAUAUUUUAACUAUAGACAAUGAAGCUGUAUAAUAUAUAUACAUUACUCAUCAGUGAGUUACAUGAAAUACUGAAGUUCUUAAAUAUUUUCUUAACAAAAAGGUGGGAAACUAAUAUAGAAAAACCAAGAGUGAUUGUGGGUUGGAACUAGAGUGAAUUAUUCCAUUCUAUUACUUUUCAUUACUUCCAAGGAGAAUAGGACACAGUUUAAAUUCCAUUAUUCUAUCCUGGCUUUAACCUGUCACAACUGCAUUGGUAUUGAAGCUUAUUUGAAUGUAAGCACACACUGGGAAGUCUAGAAAUCACAAGACAUCAUUUACCAUUUGGAGCAGUUGCUUGUUGUGCAAUUGAUAGAGCAUUUCAACCUCCACAAUGACUGCAAUGGCAUAACUUGCAACUUAUGCCAUCAGAUCUCUGAAACAGGAUGACAGUUGGUGUUGUCAAGAAAGCAAUUCACUGUUUGUUUUGCAGCACAUAGAUCAAUAAUUGGGGACAUUUUGCUGUUGGAGGUAAAGGACAGGAUACCAUUUUCUCUCUGUUCCAUGGAAGCCAACUAGACUGGCAACUGACUACAACACUAGUAAUAGGAUCACAUCCUCCAUUGCAUCUCAUGUAGCAGACCAGCUGGUGGGGACAAUACAGGUUGUGUGGCAUACACAGCCAACAGGGGAAUGGCUGGCAAGCCUAAAAGGAACAACUAGAGGGAUGAGCCUGCUGUCUCCCAGUAUCCAUCACCUGAAAUGGUCAUUCUGCCUAAUGGUAGAACCAGCUCUAUUUAUUGCACUUUUGCCAAAUCAUUACAGGGCUGCAUAUUUUGUUCAGUUGUAUGUGAAAAUCAGGUCUGCCUAAUGAGCAUAAUCGUGCUCUUCUCCACAUGUGUAUCCACAAAUAUAAGAUCUACACAGUGCUAUAGUAGUUUGGGAAUGCUACACUGGUUUAUCAAUUGGAAAACAAUCAUUGAAUUACAUUCCUCCAUAGGUAGAUGAUUUAACUUAUUCCUUGAGCAUUUCCUUACCACAAAAUGCUACCUUGGAUAUUAAUUGGCUUUUUAAAAUGUUCAAUUUAUAUCUAUUGGGAAUUCAUAUCUGUUGUGUAUAUUUAAUUGCAGAUUUUGAAUUGCAAGCAGCCUUUCUGUCUCCCCCUUUGUAUGUAUAUUAUGUAUUUGUGUGUGUAUAUAUGUGUAUGUGGGUAUGUAUCAUACUGUACUUCAUAAAUAUCAUGCAUCACAAACUCCUUGAUCACCCUCAUGUUUAGUCUGCCACAUUUCUAAUUGUAAAGAAGCACAAAGAGGUUGUGAUGUUUGUUGCUGUAGUUCUUCGAGGUGUAUAAUAUAUCCAAAUUUCUGUUGUGUUAUUGACCUAUUUUCUGGCAAUUCCCAGCAUCAGCAGCAACAUUUCAUUCUUACCCAUGGGAGGGUUCUUUUUAAUUAGGAAACCUUUAAAGAACAAAGAAAGGUGCAUUUUCUCUUCUCCCCCUUUCUUUUUUUCAAUUAUUUUGGAGUUAUGGUACAUGUUUUAUUUUGUGUCAAAAGCACUGCAUAAUAAAUAAGUUUAAAACUGAUAAAAUAAAGGGAUCACAAGCAGCUAAAUAGUUUUAGACCAAAAACAGGCAACAGCGACUGCAUUGUCAGUAGCUUUAAACAGUUCUUCCUCUGUGCAUGAGGCAGGGCACUGUGGGCAAGCAUACAGAUAAUGAAUUGUUUGUUCUGCUCCACAGUCACACAAGGUGGAGGAUUCUUCUAGGUAGUACCAUUUUGCCAGGUUGUCUUUUGAUCUGCCCACUCCAUUGUUCAAGGAAAUCCAAAUCACCCAUUCUUGGUUUGCCCCUGGGGGAAGACCCUCAUAGGGGGCCAUCCAGUUGGAACUGCCUGAUUUUGCUGCCUAUAGAUAUAUUCUUGCUGUUGCUGGAAGUAAAAUGUCAUCUUUGCAUUAAACAAUUUAACUCUAAGGAAAAAAAAACCUGAAAAAUAGAAAGGAUAACAUUUUGCUUUCCAAACAGGAUCACUUCAAGACCUGUAUUGGUUUUAAAAAAAACCUGGGAAAGCCCUACUGCAGAUCCAAGAAAUGGCUGCAAACAGUGUCCCUCACCCACCCACAAAGAAUUCCAUGAGUGAAUGCAGACCGUGACAAAGAAAUAACAAAUCCUAUCAAAACUAAAGCCAUUAUAUUGCAAGAAUCUACCCUUCUUUAUUAGCUUGAAAGAGGCCACAAUCUUGGUAUUUUCAUUCCUAGCUUCCCAGUUUGUAUUUACUUUCAGAUGAACUUAACCAGCAGCAAGAUUCAUGUUAAUAUACAUGUGUUGUUGUUCAUUCGUUCAGUCGUCUCCGACUCUUCGUGACCUCAUGGACCAGCCCACGCCAGAGCUCCCUGUCGGCCGUCACCACCCCCAGCUCCUUCAAGGUCAGUCCAGUCACCUCAAGGAUGCCAUCCAUCCAUCUUGCCCUUGGUCGGCCCCUCUUCCUUUUGCCUUCCACUUUCCCCAGCAUAAUUGUCUUCUCUAGGCUAAUAUACAUAUGCUGCUCUUAUCUGAGUACACCAAGUGAAGAAUUCCAUGGUAUGUUGAUUAGGUAUCAAUCUGCUGUCUGUCAUCUUUUCCCACUUUUUGUCCUGCCAAAGGAUUUAACUUUUUCAUUAAUGGGUGCACUAAUCAUGUUUGUUUGUUUUUGCCAUUAUUCAUUUCUAAUGAUGUACCUUGCUCCAGAACAAACAUGGAUAUGGGGCACUAUAACUAUGAACGAUCUAUUCCCAAAAUAGCACUGCAUAGCAGAGUUAUGAAUUCCUGCAGGCCAAUUUGCUAAUAACAAUCCUAAAUAAACAAAAUACUGACAUUU